CCAAGUGAAGGGCGCCGUUUUUGGAGGGAAGCAUAUCGUGCCAUGCGUUCGGAUGCCACGUCCACAGUGGCAGAGGGGGCAAUGUCGCUUGUGAUGCCAGCUCGGACUGUGCGUGAACGAGCUGCACCCUGAAUCAUGUCGCCACAGAGGCUCGUCGGAGCUCGGGGAUGAAGUUUCUGCGCGCGCCAACAUCAUGGACCGCUCCGCGAGCGACGCGUGUUUCCAGCGCACAUUCCCCGCGAAGAACACACUCCGUGGACAACUUUUACACCAUGGAUGCCCGGACCCGUUCGCGCACACGCAGAGGUCGCACUUCGCUCGGGACCUCAACUAACUUCUCCCGCCGCUCUUCUUGAACGAAAUAACCGCGCGCUUUUUAUCUCAGUCAGAUGAAGGAAAGCGCCCGGUUUCAAUCGGGGCAGGAAAGUUGACCCGGCUGCGGGUGCAAUUUGGGGCUCUUCUUGGGUGCAAAGUUGCCCCAGCCUCCUUUCGCUCUGGCGCCAGUGGAGAUCGCUCGCCGGCUCUUAUGGGAAUGAAACACUCGUCGCGCUGCAUGCUGCUCCGGAGGAAGAUGGCGGAGACCGAGAACCCAGAGCAGCAGCCCCUGGACAUGGUCCCAUCCCAGUCUGCGCAGCCCGCCCCGCUGCCAAAGCCGGUGCCGUCCGUCCACCAUGUUCCCCGUCCCCCCCACACGCCACACACUGCCGUCCUGCCCAGCUGCCCCGGCCGUGGGAAAAUGGCAAAGUUCCUCAGCCCUGAGGAGAUGACCUCCCGCGACUACUACUUUGACUCCUAUGCUCACUUUGGCAUUCAUGAGGAGAUGCUCAAGGACGAGGUACGGACGUUGACCUACAGGAACUCCAUGUACCACAAUAAGCAUGUCUUCAAGAACAAGAUCGUCCUGGAUGUGGGCAGCGGGACCGGCAUCUUGUCCAUGUUCGCGGCCAAAGCGGGAGCGAAGCACGUGUAUGGGAUCGAGUGCUCCAGCAUUUCCGAGUUUUCAGAGAAAAUCAUCAAGUCCAAUCAUCUGGAUAGUGUCAUCACCAUCUUCAAGGGGAAGGUGGAGGAGGUUGAGCUUCCGGUGGAGAAGGUGGACAUCAUCAUCUCUGAAUGGAUGGGCUAUUGCCUCUUCUAUGAGUCCAUGCUCAACACAGUCAUCUUUGCCCGAGACAAGUGGCUAAAGCCCGGAGGACUGAUGUUCCCUGACCGGGCCGCCCUCUACGUGGUGGGAAUCGAGGACCGGCAGUACAAGGACUUCAAAAUUCACUGGUGGGAGAACGUGUACGGCUUUGACAUGACCUGCAUUCGCAACGUAGCCAUGCGGGAGCCCUUGGUCGACAUCGUGGACCCCAAGCAAGUGGUGACCAACUCCUGUCUGAUAAAGGAAGUGGACAUCUACACCGUCAAGAUCGAGGAUCUGUCCUUCACCUCCGCUUUCUGCCUGCAGGUCCAGCGCAAUGACUACAUCCACGCUCUGGUCACCUACUUCAACAUCGAGUUCACCAAGUGUCAUAAGAAGACCGGUUUCUCCACCGCACCUGAUGCACCCUAUACACACUGGAAGCAGACAGUCUUCUACCUGGAGGACUACCUGACGGUCAAGAGGGGGGAGGAGAUUUUCGGGAGCAUUGCCAUGAAGCCCAAUGAGAAGAAUGUGCGCGACUUGGACUUCACCCUCGAGCUGGACUUCAAGGGACAGCUGUGCGAGGCCGCCAUUUCCCACGACUACAAGAUGCGCUAGGCGUCCGGCGGGGGGGCAGUGCCGCGCAAGAGCAUCUCCUCGGGUCCAGCGAGGAGGAGAUGUCCGAGCGUCGCCACGCGUGGACGGUCGCGAUGCCGAGAGCCGGAGCGGGGGCGGGGCUCGUCCGCGUGAUGUCAUCGGGGCGGUCGGGCACCGACAGCAGUUGCAUCAUUUCCCGUCACGACAUCGUUCGGCUCUCGUUCGGAGCGCCGCUGUGAACGUAACUCUGAAAAAUAACACGAAUGUUAUCCUCCCAUAUGAAUGUUGUUAGUAACAGCACUGGGCUCCUUUCAAAUGACGCCUGACUGCACCGGAUGAUUUUUGGCCACAGCUCUAGUGGUAACUGUCGUUCUUCCCAAAGAAGCAGGCAGGUUCCGUGUUUUUCCAUCGACAUAUAUUGAACAUAACACCGCGGUGACCAUCAUUAUAGAAACGCAACAUGAGGAUCAGUUAUUAUUCUUGUUAUUAAUGC